AAUAUCCCACCAGCUUCUACCUACGUUAUAUAUAUAAGCUCUUUUACCAGUUACCUCCACAUAAAAUAGAAAAAAAAAAUGGGGAAUUGUUUAAGGCAUGAAUCAGAAAUGCAUUGGGCUGGUGAAGAUUGGGAUGAAUUCAUCACAGAAGAUGAGGAAGAUCAUCAUUAUAGCUCUAAAACCACCAGAGAUGGGAAAACAGUAGUUGUAACACGUGACAGUAAAUCCUCUGUUCCAUCUCAUGAGAUCAAGAUCAGGCUCACGAAGAAACAACUCCAUGAUUUACUGAGUAAAGUCAACGUCCAUGACUUGACCUUUCAUCAACAGGCUGCUUUCUCAUGUCCAAGCCUGAACAAUCGUGGGUACGAAGAAGCCAAUCAUCAACGGUUAUGGAGACCGGUUCUGCAGAGCAUACCAGAGGUUAAUUGAGGUUUUUUUUUCAGAGAUGAUCAUGUGUAUAUGCUUAGGGGUUUCUUCACUUUCUUGAUGUG